CCUUUCUUCGUUUUCUUACUUUGUUUCCCACUUCAUGGAAUGCAAUACGAUCCCCAUUGGUUCAUGGGACACCCAUGCACUACUCAAUGAGAGUUAUGCCAUUGACGGAUUCACACCUCGACCAUUUCUUGUGCACGAGAGCGCACUAUUGCGAGACCAACGUAUGCUAUCAGCGUUUAAGGUUCUGAGCGACGACCAUAUUUUACAAACAAGGCCUUUGAAUAUUACCAACACCAAUUGUAAUAGCAUUAAUUCCGGUCAGCCUUUCAAGAGAUUUAUGAUCUAUGCUAUUGAUAAUGGUCUAGAUGGGAUGGUCACCGGAAUCCAAAACCAACCAUCUAUUCAGUUGUCUGGGAAGAACAGGAUGCAGGCCAAACGAGCCCUAACUAUGGUCCUGUUGAACAUGAAUGUAGAUCCUUGGAUAUUCAGUCACGAGUCCGAGCCCGUACCAUUAGGUUACAAUCCCAUCAUGUUAUUUCAGGAAGACCAAAGUAAACGAUUGAUCAACAUUUAUCUUGAUAUGCCGUCGCCUCGAGCACAUGAUGAUCCAUACAUGGACCCCCAUGAAUUUUUUGCUCAACAUCAACAACAGCAGCCAAAAAAAUCGAUUCAUCGACUUCUUGAACGAGUUCUACAACAGGAUGCUCCUAAGGGAAUGAGGACCAAGUUAUAUAACUACCAAAAGAAUUCACUGUGGAAACUAUUGCGGCGUGAACUUUGUAUGGAAUAUAUCCUGGAUCCGACAAUCAUCUCAUUAAAGGACAUGAGUAUGCCUCCACGAACUUACUAUAUCCAACUUAACAACAAUGAACCACCCAUCAUUUCAAGAUUGCCAAGUAAACGAUGGGACGAUAUUCCUGGCGGUAUCAUUUGUGAGGACAUGGGAACAGGAAAGUCUUGCCUGUGUAUUGCGUUGAUUAUGCAGACUCUCCCCCAGUUCAGCAAAGCCCCACCGACGGCUACACAAAUCUAUUGUGAACUUUAUCCUCAAGGUUCCUCAACUUCUGCAAUAUUGAUUAAGGAUGGUCCUGCCUCGUUAGGUACCUCCGAUAUUUUGAUGCCUUUAAAUGCACCAAUUCCUACCCUCCGAGAACUUGCAGCAGCAGCAGUAAAAAUGAAUGGGAUUGAAUACAGACGAGCAGGAGAUUAUAUUAGACCACACACUAUGGAGUUGUUAGAGGAGAUAUCUGUGUAUUACUAUGACAAGGCUUCAACUGAGCUACAGAUGAUGAGCAAGCCCAUAAAGUCAUUAAGAGCGAAUCAGCUUAUAGAUAUACAAUCGCUUGAGGUAUAUCUUUCAAGCGCUACGUUGGUCAUCGUGCCGCCUGAUUUAGCAGAUCAAUGGUGUAAUGAAAUCAACAAACAUACAGAAGACUUUGCUUUAAAGCUUCUUCGAAUCGAUCCAGAUAAUAGCAAGGCGAUCCCUGAGCAUACAAUAUUAACUAAAUACGAUAUGGUCCUGAUUACUCAGACUCGGUUCGCAAAGGAAUACGAGCCCGGUGUCUAUUCUAACAAAUAUACCAAAGUUAAGCAACAAUGUUGUUGUAGUGCGGUUUAUAGGACCUGCCGCUGUACUAAUGAACGUAAUGUCUCCCCACUAAUGCAAGUCCGAUGGAAAAGAAUCAUUGUGGAUGAAGGCCAUAGUAUGGGCAUCAAAUUGUCUGACCAGGUGUUAUUUGCGGAAAAGCUUCAUGCGGACCGUCGAUGGAUCUGUACAGGAACACCGACCUUCAACCUCGCAAACUUGAAGGCAUUUACGUACCAUGAUCAAGCCAUAACAACGGUAGCCACAACGACAGCUCUGUCAGAUAAAGGAGAUCUGGAUCGCCUUUUGACGAUUAUGAGAUUGUUCCUGCACAUUCAACCAUACUAUGGCAAUAAGACUUUAUUUACAAAGGCACUAGUGAGAUCAUUAGAAGAACAUCAUAAGCUCAGUACAGGGUCUGCCCCUGGUGACUGGUCCCUCGAGAGCCUUAGUAGCGUUUCAAGGCUAAGGUAUCUGAUGGACAGGAUCAUGAUCCGGAAUCGCCCUGAGGAUGUCAGUCGAGAUGUACGCCUCCCACCGCUGUACGAGAGAGAUGUUGGUCUUGAUCUGGGAUACUACCAAGUAUUGACCUUCAAUUGCCAAGUAGCAUUAAUUCAGGCAAACGCUGUGCUGACUGAGCGUGAGGAUCAGGAUUAUUUUUUCCACCCUAGUAAUCGCAAACAUUUGGCGCGAGUAAUUGAAAAUUUAAAGGAUGCAUGCUUUUGGUAUCCAGGAGACGACAAGUAUAGAGAACAAUUGACUGAGGCACUUCUAAACGUUGAGCGCGCCCUACAAAAGCAUGAGGAGACAAUUGGAGGCAAAUAUCUCGAAGCGGAUGUCCAGCUAUUGAAGAGUAUUCGCGAACACCUCAAAAUGGCCCUUACUGAUCAGAGCUGGUGUACUCUCCAGCGGACUCUGGAAGUCGGAUACAACUGCUGGAAUAUCCCUGAGGCCAUACAAGGAAGCUAUGCCAUCAUUCCAGCUGUGUCAGAUGCUGAUACUUCAUUUAAGGAAUCCCGUCGUACAAAACUCAACAUAGGGUGGAAUGGUGGGUCAAUGUCGAGACAACUCCAACAGACAGGUACGCUAGAGUCAGAGCAAGUGUGUAUCAUGUUAGGCAAACAGAUUAGGGAUCUUCGGUUGAAAGUGCAGGAACAAGAACAGGAGCAACUAAUACCAGCAAGCCACCAGCCGAUCAUCAUUAAUCUCGACGCACCACAGCCGCGACCUGGUGCGAUAACCGAUGGUGGUAAGCCAAAUAGAGACCCAUCACAUGAAAACGGGACCAAUGGUGAGGAAACUGCAGAAGAGCUCAAGCUUGUAAUGACAAAGGAGAGGCUCUCGCAAUCGACUAUUUUGUCGAGUACAUCUAGCAAACUCAAUUACGUAGUCAGUCAAAUCCUGCGUCACCAAAACUCUGAGAAAUGCAUUGUCUUUUGUCAGAGCCAGACAGCCAUGUAUUAUAUCUACGAGUACCUUACAUUGGCUGAGGUUCGCUGCCUCAUGUACCACACACAUGGCAUGAGCCAAAAAGAGCGAUCAAACAACAUUAUGACAUUCAACACCAAUGAGACUAUAUCAGCUAUUAUCAUGAAUACCAAAGAUGCUGCGUUCGGCAUUGACCUUUCAAGCGCGUCUAGAGUCUAUUUUGUAUCCCCUGUGUGGCAAACAGCCACCAUGCGUCAGGCUGUCAAACGUGCACACAGGAUUGGACAGAUACGCCCUGUUUAUGUGGAAACACUUAUGAUCAAGGGUUCAUUUGAAGAGGCCAUAUUGAACAGGAGAAAGGAGAUUGAUAGUCAAGGUGAAGGGCAUAUGGAUAUUUCCUUGCCACCAUCGUCUUCGACCACGUCAUCAGCGACUUUAUCUUCUCUAUUAACAAUAUCCGCCAGGCUAUAUAAAAACAAAGCUGUAGCGAAGAAUAUGAAAAAGAAGGCUGGAAAAAGCUUACUUGACGACAGCAAAAUGAUCAACUUCAUUAGUCAUAUUGGAUUCAUGCCCCUGCACAAAACUGAAAGAUCAAUUACACUUACCUCUAGCGAGAGAGAAGAACAAAAAAAACAACUUUGUUUAACCAACGAACCAAGCCUGGCAGAGUACUGGAGAACCAUGAGGCCAACGUACACGACUGAGGAGGACCAUCAGGCAUUUGUGGCAGAUGAUAGGCAUUACCGUGAUCAAGCUUACAAAAAGAGUUUAGAGAUUCCAAUGGUAUUCCCAACGAGGCCGCUUGAAAUAGCUGCUCAAGGGCAAUGGAGACGAACACAAGAUCGACAUAUUGUUUCUGUAGUAGGUUCUCUAGAGGGAGCUAGCCAAGACUGGACAGAAGAACUGUCAGAGGGAAUCCGAGGUCGUCUGCGAUUUCGAGAUGUGGAAGAUGGCGACAAUGAGGUGCCAAACGAUAACAUAAAAGCAGCCUCUGUGGCAACAAAGCUUGCACAGGUCCAACAGUAUCAGCCAUACCCAAAGACGGAUCAUGAUGUUGUUGUGGACGUGGAUCAAGCGCAGGUUGAGCCUGAAUUUAUCGACUUGUCAUCAUCGCAAUCUUCCACCGAUGAUCUGAUAAUAGAUCUAGAUCCAGACUCAGAUCAUGUCAUGUCGGAACCCAAAUCAAAUGUUAAAUUUAGGCUCGAUCUCCCCAAUUCAGCUCGUCUGGUUCCUGCAGAUGAGCAACUGCAUCGGCAGCGAUCGCCAUCAGCUAACAUAUCAACAUCAAUGUCAUUGUCGUAUGAGGAGCUCUACCGGGAAUCUGAAGAAAAGCGUAGGAUAGCAGAGGGAGCAGCAGAAGAAGCCAAAAGGCGAGUACAACUGCUGGAACAACAAUUUGAAAUGUUGAGAAGAAUGGCAGAAGGACAACAGUCUCCAUCCAUAUAUCUUAAACAAACUUCGACAUCAUCAGAAAUACCAGAGCUACCUUCGUCUUCAUCUUCAAUUUUGACUUUACCCUACCAAAAGCAUCAUCCUACAGUGGGACUGAAAGUGGAGACAGAAAUGGACGCCAAAGUCAAUAUUGAAGAUACUAUAGGAUACAACCUCGUGGCGAAGCAUGAUCUCGAUGACCAAAAGAAGGAGCUAGGCUUACCAAAGCCUGAGGAACCUGAUCACUAUAUCCUUUUUGAAUACGAUGAUGACUAUGUGAGGAAGAAAAAGGAAGAGGAGGAAGACAAGAAAGACAUCCUCAUCAAUAAUGUCAUCAAGAAUGAGCUUGAUUUCAAAUUCGAGGUUCACAAUGAUUCUAAGGAUAUAAUAUUUUCAUUAGUCAAAAAGGAGGAAGAGUCCGAGAGCUAUUCAGAUUUGGCUUAUGAUAACCAUAACAGAAGCAACAGCAACAAUAACAUUGGUAGCAGCGGUAGCCACAGCAGUAGCAGAAAAGGAAACAUCAGUAACUAUGGCAAUCAUGAAGUGGACAACAAAACCAUAAUUCGAAUGAUACCAGAGAAAAUGGAAUCAGAUGUCAUUAUUAUUGAUGACAACAGUCUUUUCCACAGCAAGGUUAAGGCUCGUUUGAAGAGCGAGGCCAGCGGUGUUAGUGGUCUCACCAACAAUUACGUCAGCAGUAGUAACAUCAAUAAGGGCUCUAACAAAGGAAGCAGCAGCAAGCUCUGGGAUGUUGCUGGCACUGAUUUGAAAAAGGAGAAGGAAGAAGGCUUGACGGCCACCACUGUUUAUUCAGAACCAAGGUGCAUAAAUGGUACCAAACGUGAAGCCAACGAGCCUUUGGAUCUAAUUCAUAGAGGCAUCGUAGAUAUGAAGUACACCAACGGCAGUAAUGUCAGUCAUGGCAAAGCAAGCGACAGCUCGCAUCCUAAAAAAGUACGUUUUGUAUAGUAAGCUAUAAAAAUAAAACAAACUUUUUCAUUCAUU